CAUUGACCGGUGAACAAUCCACAUCAGUACCAGCAGAGACCCGGAGCUCUUCCAUCCACACGCACACAGCGAGCUGCACCCUCCAGCCUCUCCGCCCGCCAUGAAACAGACUCUGGCUGAACUGAUGAGGAUGAGCAGGAUAUGCCGGAUGGUAUUUGCCACUUGUUUGGGAUCCUUUAUUCUGGUCGUCUUUUAUUUCCAAAGUAUGUUCCAGCCAGUCAUGCGGAGGAACCCCUUCAUGGUGGACAGCUGCUGUAGGAAAGGGUCCCGCAAUGCCUUGCAGGAGCUCUACAACCCAACGCAGAUGGAGUUGUCAGGAGCAGCCGUCCACCACCAGGCCAGGAGGGAUCAGGUGGUGGAUGCCUGUCGUAUCUACAGUGCAUCCAGCCGUAAGAGGCGGGUCCUGACACCUGGAGACCUAAAACACCUUGUGGUGGAUGAGGACCAUGAGCUCAUCUACUGCUAUGUUCCCAAGGUGGCCUGUACCAACUGGAAACGGGUCAUGAUGGUGCUCACAGGUCGGGGCAAAUACAGUGACCCAAUGGAUAUCCCUUCAAAUGAAGCUCAUGUUCCAUCCAACCUGAAGACGCUGAACCAGUACACCAUCACAGAGAUCAACCACCGCCUCAAGAACUACCUCAAGUUCCUCUUCGUCCGCGAACCCUUUGAGAGGCUGGUCUCUGCAUACCGUAACAAGUUCACCCUCAAGUACAACUCAUCCUUCCACAAGCGCUUUGGCACCCGUAUAGUCCGUCGCUACCGAAAGAAUGCCACACAGGAUGCCCUGCUCAACGGCGCUGAUGUCAAAUUCAAAGAAUUCACUGAGUACCUGGUGGACCCAGCCACGCAGCGUGAUGGCCCACUCAACGAACACUGGCAGACUGUCUACCAGCUCUGCCACCCAUGUCACAUCCACUAUGACUUGGUGGGCAAGUACGAGACGCUGGAGGAGGAUGCAAACUAUGUGCUACGGUUGGUAGGUGUUAGCGACUCCCUCCACUUUCCAAGUUACGCCAAGUCCACUCGCACCACAGAUGCCAUGACAGCCCAGUUCUUCAGCAAUAUCAGCACUCAACAGCAGAUCCAACUCUACCAGCUUUACAAGUUGGACUUCCUCAUGUUCAACUACUCCACACCCAGCUACCUCCGGCUGGACUAACAGAGGACAGAGCUGGCACUCUGAGAAUUGUUGCCUUGUUUAAGGAGAGGCAACAAAAUGAGGGAAGGGCAGAAUUUUUUGGAAGCAAAACUUGAUUUUAAAAAC